AUGUGCUUUAGACGAUAUCACGAAGUCUUUGAAAUACUGGAGAGACUAGCAAGUCCUCAGGAUCCUGGAAAUGUGGACGAAAAAGGUGAGACAAAAUCCUUAUCCGUAGACGACAAAAUGCGGAUGAUGCUAGUUGUCCUCCACGGCAACAUGGGCGAUUAUAAUAACACAUCUUUAUUGCGUCUUGCAAGUGAGUUGUCCUUGAUUCGGGUUGGCGUAAUUGGUCUGAAGUUCAUGACCUAUUGGUUCCCGUUGUCUAGUUUGUCUGAUGAUAAUACAAUCUCAUUCACGUCAACCAUCGCAAUGCAUUUAUUAGCCUUAGAUGGGCAAGACUCUUUGCCCUCCGAACACCACAGGCCCGGUGGGUGUCUAGAGUUAGCAGAAGAGAUGAUGGAUGGCGUGAAAGCCAAGGUGGAACGUAAUUUCGGUCUCAAGAAUUACUCGGAGGCGAUUUACCACCGUGUUUUAUGCGAAAUUCAUAAGCAGCGCAAGGAUUACACACGUGUGUGCAAACACGCUAUGUUACAUUUGAAAAAUCGACCGCAGCAAAUUUCCGAAGAACACGACCUAAAGCUUGCUGAGGAUUUAUGCAUGGCGACCUUGCUUUCGCCAAAUGUAUUUUCGUUUACCGAUUUGUUGCAGCAAGAGGAUAUUUUGAAAACAAUCUCUCCCGGUAGCAAGUAUUAUGACGAGAACGACGGAAACGUUUGGCGAGAUCUUGUCGUAAUUUGUAACAAUGGUGAUUAUGACAUGUAUAAGCUGUUUCUCCAGAAAUAUGCCGGCAACGAGGGGGGAAGUUCCAAGCUAGAACAGCUUGGUCUUACUCCGGGAUAUCUGAGCCUUAUUGAGUCCAAGUUACGAUCAUUUGCCUUAUUGGAGAGUGCAUUUAAGAAAUCCGAAAGGCUCUUUACAUUCGAGGAAGUUUCCAACAUCUGCCGUAUACCUCAAGAAGAAGUGGAACUCUUCAUCUUAUCACUCAUGCGUCGAGGCUUACUCUCAGGCAAAAUUGAUGCAGUAGAUAAUGUCGUUACAUUCCAUAAACUUCAACCAAGAGUUCUUGACGCCGAUAAAAUUCUCAACAUGUCCCAACAGUUCCUUCUUUGGUCUAACAAGAUGGAUGCCGCUGUUAAGCAGAUGCGUGACCUUUCACCAACGGUACAAGCUACAUUAAAUGUGCUUUAA